AAAGCAGCAGUGUUGUCUUUGUUUACGGCAGAGUACAGUGGAAGCUGGUGCUUCCCCAACCAUCAAUCGCUUCUCAGCGGUUUAGUCGAACAGCUACAAGGCACGUUCCGUUUUUAUCUUUGUGUUGGAUAUCCUAAAUAAGCAGUCAUGGUGGCUAUGACGAGAAGAGUGAAAACCUUCCAAAUUAUCUUUACGGAUCCCAGCAAGACCUUUUACUGCGGCGGGGACAAGGUGUCUGGCCGGAUAGAAGUGGAAGUGAACGAGAUGACGCGUGUGUCCGCAGUGAAGGUUCUGGGUCUGGGCAGCGCCAAGGUGGAGUACGCUAAAGGCAAGCAGCGCUGCCGUCAGGAGGCCGAGUACCUCAGAUAUGAAGAGGUACUGCGGCUGGACGACCAGCCCACAGACUCUGAUGGAUCAGUCGUCUUGAGGCCUGGCAACAAAUAUGAGUACAUCUUCGGAUUUGAGCUCCCCCAGCAAGGGCAGCUGGUGUCAUCAUACAAGGGGAAGUUUGGCUAUGUCCAGUACUUUGUGAAGGCCCUGAUGGAGAGGCCACAACAGCCCACCCUCGAGUGCAAGAAACCCUUUGAGGUGGAGGAGCCUCUGGAUGUCAACACCCCUGACCUACUGUCUCCCACAGGUGGCAUGAAGGAGAAGAAAGUCACCUGCAUGUUCAUCCCUGAUGGCCAGGUGUCACUGAAUGCAAAAAUUGACCGCCGUGGUUUCUGCGAAGGCGAAGACAUCUGCAUCAACGCAAAGUUUGAGAAUACCUGCUCCCGCAUUGUGGUGCCUAAGGCUGCCAUCAUCGCCAAACACACCUACCAGGCCAACGGCCGCACCAAGGUCUUCCGCCAGAAGCUGUCCUCGGUGCGUGGAAACCACAUCAUCUCUGGCAUGUGUGACGCCUGGCAGGGAAAGACCAUCAGGGUGCCAAAGAUCAAACCAUCCAUGCUGGGUUGCAACAUCAUCCGUGUGGAGUACGCUCUAAUGAUUUACGUCCACAUCCCUGGUAGUGAGAAGCUGAUCCUGGAGCUGCCUCUGGUCAUUGGGACCGCCGGUCUGGGCAGCCGCAGCAACAGCGUGAGCAGCCAGGAGGGUUCGGUCAGCAACGCCUCCCAGAGCUGGGUGUCCCUCAGGAUGCCCUCUGAGCCUCCCAGUUACUGUGACAUCACCCGUGACUGCCGCCUGGACCAGCCCCUCACGCCGCUCCUGGACGACUUCGACGGUGACGACAGCCCCAUCUUCAUGAAUGCCCCAGCCUUCCAGUUCCCACCUCCUCCGGCAUACUCUGAGGCUGAGGAAGAGUACAAUGGCAAUGCUCGCAUGCUGCCAGUCUGCUGAAGUCCAUCAGGGGUUCUAGAACUGUGGUCCAGCUCUCAGAGACCGUUCUUCUAAGGCACUUGAAAAGGAGCAGAAGGUCCAAACUCCAGAGGAGACGUGGGAUGGAGAAGUAAAGCCAAGGCCGUGGAGAUGGACAGAAUGAUGCUUGCCUGUUCUGUCAGAUGUCUUCACUGUGCUUCAUCACCUAUGCUGAGUCUUCCGCCUGGUGCUCUUCAGGUCAAGGACCUGGGGGCCGAGUCACAGAGUCUGUGGCACGCUACGUUUCUGAAUAAGCUGUCCCUUCCAGAGACUCAAACUGUCAGGGUCUCACUGUCCAUUCACAGCCACUUAUGACUUUGUUGUUGGGGCCAAGUUUUGUAUAAGUCAGCCCCCAGCCUGUUGUGACAUCUUUGCUUUUUUGGGGUUUGUCUUUUCCUCAUGAUGCUUUGUCAUUCCAGUCAAACCCUGUAUUUUUAAGGGAUUUCACUAGAGGAACCAUCCUUUUGGUUUAAUCCAGUCAGUUUGUGUUGCUGUAAAGAAUUUGUAAGGGAUAUUGUUCAAUUUGAGAAUUACAGCAUGUAGAAUAAUCUUCCUUCGAUGCUAAUAGAACCUCAUGCAGCAUCCAUUUUCUUGUGUACCAGUGUUUGAAUAAAUGUGGUUUAUUCCUGUAUUUUACUGCACUUUUUGAUUGAUACAUUGAGUUUCUGUUUCUGUUUUGUUUGAACAAUGUUUGUGAUGUGAGAGUGAAUUUUCUGUAGGUAAAACACUCUAAACUUGUUUGAACCCCACAUUUGAUUUCUAAAUCCCAGCUUGGUGAUUGGCUGUAAUUUCUCGACACUGCAAGUGCCAAACAUGACCCACACAACAUACAACAACGUGUUCCGAUAUCAUAGAACACAACUUUAGGUGAGGAUAAUCAUUGUGUCUGAUCUGCAGUUGUCCUAGACAACAUUUCACUGUGAGAUCUCCACUGUGGUGGUUUCACAAUUUCUGUUCUUUCAGGGCACAAAGAAAAUCACUGAAGACUGAUUUGUGAGAAAGUAUGUUUGCAAUGCAUCCUUGAUACUUAUAACAAGUAUUGUUUUUUUGUAUGAAACCCUAUGGGUUAGUUUUUUUUAUUAAAGAAAUGUUGUAAAAUG